AUGGCUCCUCUCGAGGACGAUGAUGACCGCGAUCUUGCGGGAUCCCAGGAUGGCAGCUCCGACAAUGAGAACGAGCUCGACGACCCAAUGCGUGAUGCCGACGACGGCGAUAACGAAGAGGAAAAUGACGGUGACGGUGACGCCGAUGGCGACAAUGAACAGGAUGGCGAUGGCGAUGGCGACGGCGAUGGGGAUGGCGACGGCGAUGGGGAUCAAGACCCCGACAGCCCUUCCAAUGCAAGCCAGACCUCGGAUGGCCCUGGUUCAGCUUCCCAACAAAAUCGUGAGAAUGGAGCUAGGGAUUCGAAUGAAAACACAGGCAGUUCAUUCUCCGAAUUCUCGAUCUACCACCCCCCAGUUCGCCCCGAGUGCCUCACAGCUGAGACCUACGACAUUGCUCCGACAACAGCGGCGCCACAUAGCACGUCGAUCAAUGCCGUGACGUCUACAGCUGAUAUGCGCUGGGUAUUUAGCGGUGGAUCUGACGGAUAUGUCCGGAAAUUUAAUUGGGCGGAAUCUAUCAAUAGCAAGCUUAUGCUGACCGUCGCGCAAAGACACCCGUUCGUUGACAGCGUCGUGAAAGCUGGAGUGCUGAUGACAUACUGGGAAAAUUUAGAUGGGAAUAGCUUAUCUCCGGUCUAUUCAUUGGCCUGCCAGAGCGAGGGGCUAUGGUUGCUUUCCGGCCUGGAGUCGGGAGCUAUCCGCUUGCAGACCUUACGGCACGACGAAGGGAGAGAAAUCAUACAAUUGCGUCAGCAUACGUCGGCAGUAUCAUCGUUAACCUUGACCUCCGAUGAGCACUCUUUACUGUCUGGUAGUUGGGAUAAACGUGUGCUUGAUUGGGAUCUGAAUACAGGACAAGCUCGUCGUGCUUUCGGUCGUGCUUUCGGGGGAGCGCAGGCCAAAUAUCCGCCGUGCAGCUUCGACCCGAUUCCACCUAAUGGCACAUACUCGAACAAUUACUCUGCUGCGGGUACGGGAAGUUCGAACGCAAUGGAUACAUCAGCGGACGCAGGCGACACAGGUGCAGCUGAGAACCCGCAGGCGGGAUCUCCUGCGGAUUCUCUCUUCGGCGGCGCAGAUUCAUUAUUUGGCGAUGCGGACGGUGGUGCAGCAGAUGGAGGAGAGCCAUCUGGUGGGGUCUUUGGUGUUGAUGAAGAUGACGAAUUUGGACGGGCGAUUCCGAAUGGUCUUGCGGACGCCGAUGCACCGGGGGAAGUUGAGAAUGAUAUCCAGGAUUAUCUUACCGGAGCAGGGACUGACCAUGUGGCCGCGCAACCUGACACCAAUGGCGAGGCUCAUCAAGAAUCAAAUACCCAGAUGCCAGAUGCUGAUGCUUCGCAUGAGACGGCACAGCCAGCUGUCAAUGGACUUCCCAAGACAGAGGAUUUUGAGCCUUCAAAACAAGUAACGGACUUCCAGUCAGCAUUGCCCACCAAUCAACAAAGCACUGGAGCUGAUACAACGUUUUUGGCGGCCUCCAUGGACGGUACUAUCAGGGUGUGGGACCGGCGGCAACCUGACCCUAUAGCUCGAAUCUCUCCCCGCAAUGUUCCUCCAUGGUGUAUGAAUGCAUGUUGGUCUCCGGACGGCAACUUCAUCUACGCUGGUCGUCGUAAUGGGGUUGUGGAAGAAUUCAGUUUACACAAGGGCCUCCUCUGUGCCUCGUAUGAUAUUCUACGUUUAUAUGAUUUGCAACACGACCAAGCACCUGCGAGUCGACACUCUACUACUCCGUUCCUCAUCAUUCCAGGCCAUCGUACUGGAACCAUCUCCCAACUUUACAUCGAUAAUGCGUGCAGGUUCAUGAUCUCAACUAGUGGAAACCGUGGCUGGGAAGGAAACUCUACUGAAGUACUACUGGGUUAUGAAAUUGGGGUUCCACAAUAA